AUGAAAUAGUAAGCCCAUUCUAGCAGUUAUCAAUAGCUAGGAGCCAAAAAAAAGAUAGAAAAAUGUAUUGAUUACUAAAAAAAGCAAGGUAUAGCCAAUCAACAUAGUCUUUUAAAUAACAAUCAAACAAAUUCUUCAUAAACAAUAGGAUAGGAAGCAAUUCAAUUUAAUUAAUAUUCUUAGCAAAAUUUAAAAAAUGGAUAAGUGAUAAAUCAUAACCAUUUAACUCAAGGAGUAAAUAAACAACUUCAAAAUGGAAUGAGUUUGGAGUAAAUUAUUAGCUAUUAAAAUAAUUAGCUCCACUUAAAUUACUUAAAUUAAUAGAACUACUUAUCAUAAAUUGCUACUCCAAUAGUUUAAACUGCUUAAAAAAAUAAAAAAAGCAGAUCUCCAUCUUAAAAAAGUGGAUCUUAAAUAAAAUUAAAAUCAGCAUAGUUAGAAAAUAUUUAAAAAUAAUUUAAUAAACUUUUAGAAAAGGAAAAUAAGCAGUUAAAUAGCAGCAAUAGCAACAGUUCGGCUAACAAAUCAUAUAUCGCAUAGUAGUAAUAACAAUCAGCCUUAUUAACUGGAGGUGGUUCAGUUACUUAUUUAAAUUAGACUAAAUCUAGUGCAAUGCAAAGAAGAUAAAGAAAUCUAACUCAGUUAAAUAUUAAUUCAAAUUGCUCAUUAAAAAAAGGCAAUUCUUCAAGUCUAAGUAGAAUCAAUCGCUCAUUAACUCCUAAUUCACGUACCAACAGCUCUAGUUUAUAGAGAAAUAAAGGAGGAAAUAAUACUAAUUUACUUUUAUAAUAAUCUGGAAAUUAAACAACAGCGAAUAUUACUUAAAAGAGGAUUGAUUUUGCUUUUAAUGAUAAAUUCAAUAGCUAAAAAUAAUAUACAAAAUCAACUUAGCAAAUAAACCCUAAUUAUGUAUAAAUACAGUAAUAACUCUAACUUUAAGCCUAAAUAUAAAAUUCUCAAUAGUAAAAAAAUAGUGCAAUGUUUAGCACCAGCUAGUAAAGCAGUGCAAGUGUUAAUGGUGAGGUUAUAAACAACAGGCUUGCAUCAAUUAUUUAGAAGAACCCUUAAAAUUUAGAAGAAUACUCUAUAAAAGACAAAUAGCUUAAUAAAAUAUUACAGUAAUUACUGUAAUAGAGAAUGAAGUAGCAAUAAUAGACACAACAAUAAAAUAAUUAGCAAGUUUCUAAUAAAAAUUUCGACUGUAGUGCUUCUCCUACUAUGUCAUUAAUGUCUUCUAAGCCAAGCACUUUACAAAGUUAUUAUGCUCAUUUAGGUCUAAAUCAUGGAAAAAAUAGUUAAUUUUAGAAUGGAAAUAAUACAAAUAGCUUAUAAGGAUAUUCAUUUCUCAAUAGUUCUACGUAAGCAGGUGCUUCGAUGCAAAACACGAAUUUGACUCUCUCAAACUAAAAUAUAGCUAAUUAGUCUAAUUUUAUUAGCAACAAUAAUACAAACUAAACACAACCAGGGUUUAAUUAAUCUUCUCUCUCUGCUCAGCUUUAAGCAAGAAACUUUGAAAAUAAUAGCAUAUUUUAAGAGUAGCUUAGGAUAGAAGAGUCUUUCUAGCAGAGAUAUUAAUAAUAUAAAGAAAAAUUUUCAGCAUAUUAAUCAGAAAGCUAGAAUAACUCUAAAAUGAUAAACAACACAUAAAAAGAUUUUAAUAUUUAGCAAAUUUUAAAAAGCAAAGAUUAAGGAGAGUUCAUAAAUACUGUAUAAAACGAAUAAAUUAUUCCAGAAUAAACUGCUUUGGAUCAUGAAGAUAAUGGAUAAAAUACCUAGAAUUGUGAAGAAGAGCUCAAAGAAAAAGAAAAAGAGGAAAACUUUAACACAAACAAUAAUAUAUAAAAUGACUUGUAAUAUAAUUCUGUUGGAAAUCGAAUCAAUUCAAACAUAAACAACCCAAAAGAACUUUUAUCUCCUGGUGACGAUUUGGCUGUUUCUAAUUACUAAAGUAGCAAUAUAAAAUAAAAUUAUAUGACAAAUUAAAAUAACUUUUAAGGAAGCAACAUGGCUCCGAUGACAAUUAAUACAGAAUCAGAUUCUGUAUAGCUAAUGUCAGCAAAAGAAAGAGAAAAUAUGAUGCAAUAUAUUGAAAAUGCUUAGUUUCCAACUGGGAGCACUACUUACUAAGACCUUAUAUAAAACAUUCCUAAUGACAUUCAUUAAGAAAUUAUACUGAUUUAUGAGUAAAAGAUAAAAGAAAUUACAGAAAAAUUUCAACACAGAGAUAUAGUUAUAAGACAAAGCUUAAUGAAGCUCGAAAAAGAAAACUCCAUUCUCCUUACUAAGGUGCAAGAGCAAUAAGAAGAAAUUUUUAGGUAUAAAAAGCUAAGAGAAUUGGAAACAAAAUUGAUAAAAAAAUUGGAAGGUGAAAUUAAGUUAGAAAAAGCAAAAUACUAAAAACUUUUCUAGUAAAAAUUCUACAAAAAGGGAAGUGACAGUAAAAAUUUUAAUAAUCAAUUAAUUGAUGAACUCAAUAAAAAGUUAAGUGAAACGUAGCAAGAAAAGGAAUGCUUAGAGUAUUUACUUAAAGAUGCUCUUUUAAAGACUGAGCUGCUAAAAGCUAAAGAAAGUGUCAUCUUUAGAUAAAUACCCUUUUCUAAUAACCUAAAUACCUCAACAUCAACAAUUUCUAUUGGUGGUAACUAGAAUAUAUCUAACUUCAAUUAACUUUUUUCUCAUGCAGGUAAUUCAAGCUCAAAUGGAAAUUUCUAAAUUCCACCUGCUCAUUAAGUUGAAUAUGUAAAUCUUCUUUCAUUAGACAACUCCUUAAAUAAAUCAUAGAAUUAUCCUUAGCAAUAACAACUUCAAUAGUAGCAGUAGAUAUAAUAGUAGUAACAAUUUUAGCAAUAGUAAAAUCAAAGAUUAUUUACUCAUGAAACUGAUAAUGAACAAUCUCCAGAUAACAAUUUUUUAAGGGUACGUAACAAAUCACAUGAUUAAUAAUAUUUUAAAUAAUAAUAAAUGCCUGAUUUAAAUAUGAUGGAAUUUAGAAAUUAGUUAUUAACAGAGGAUUUUGAAUAGCAGCAUAAAUAAUAUCCUUACAUGUAGCAAUAAAUAAUUUAAACUUAAAAUUAGCAGCUAAAAAAUUAAUUGAACUAGUAAUAAGCAGUUAAUAUUGAAGCUGAGUUUUAAAAUAGUGAAAGAAGCAACUUUAUGACAGCAUAUCAAAAUUCUUAAGGUGACCUUCUGUAAAAUAAUCAAAAUAGUUAAAACUAUCCCUCUAAUUAUAUUUUAAGAAAACACAUUUAAAAUCAAAAUAACUAACAAGAGGAGACAUAAGGCAGCGAAAUGAGAUCUGGUUCAUACAUGGGGCGAAGCUUAUCUUAGAAUUAACAGAUAUUACCUGAAGAUUAUUACUACUCAGAAAAUGAAUAGCAUGAAGAUUACGAUUUUUAGAAUUAAGAUUAGCAACAUUAAUUACAACAACCUAGGUUAAUUUGUGAGAAUAAUUAAAAAGAAAUUGAUAAUUAAUGCCAGAUUAAUUAUCAUAUUACCUAAUAACAAUAACAGCAACAACAAAAUGAAAAGUAAAAAUACCCACUUUAUUUUGAGACAAAUAAUUAAGAAAAUAUACAAACUUUUGAGUUCAAUUCAAAUAUGAAUUAUUUAAUGAAUUAAUACUCAGAUAUUAGGAAUAGCUAAAAUUUACACAACUCUGCAUAACUUAUUGAUAUAAGAUCACCAAGUAACAGUUAGGGAAUUUGCACUAUUCCUAUUAGUUCCAGUGUUUAACCAAUAAAUGGAAACAAUAAUUAUCUCUAAUUAAACCAUCAAAAAAAUAAUAUGAAUAGUAAUGAUAUGUUAAUAUUAGAUGUGAAUGAAAAGUCUGAUAAUAGAUCUUAUUUAAUCAACAACAGUUAAGUAAUACACGAAGAAGCUUCAUCAGCAGAUAACACAACUUAGAACAAUGAUAAUAAUCAAAAUGGUAGUAAUUUUAGCUAAAAUAAUUCUAACAAGAUGAAGAGAAGUAGUAAUAAUUUAGAUUCCUCCUCAGCAGUCAUAGAAGUAAAUGUAAAUGACACUAACAAUUUAAAUCAUGAGCUAUUUUAAAAGAGUGACAAUUCUAAAAUUUUUGUUGAAAACGAAACACUUUCUAAAUCUGAUAACAUUGAAAAUGAGCAUGAGCAUGAAAAUGAACGUGAACACGAAGAUGAAGAUAUUGAAGCCGAAUUUAAAGAAAUUAGUGAAAGCAACAGAAGGAGAGAGUAAUCAUAGGAAAAGCAAGAAGACAUGAACUAAGAAAAAGUUCAAUCAAAUAGAAACUAGCAUGAAGUAUAAUCACUUACAGAAGAGUAUCUGAAGAAUAAAGUAGAAAUUUUAAAUAAUGCAAGUUUUAAUUAAAACAAUAUCAAUUAAUAGAACACUAUAAAUUAAAAUCAAUAACCAACCAAUGAAAAUAGCACAAUUGAUUAAAAUUAAAAAGAAGAAGAGGACUAAGCUAUUGUACAGUAUUUUAACACUAAAAAUCUUUAUUUGUAGAAAUAUUAUGCAUCAUAAAAUAACUCAUCAGGAAUAAACUCAAAAUCACUUAACUCCUCUAGCCACACUAACGAAAAAAAUAAUUCCAACAGCAACAACAUAAAUAAUUGA